CUCAACAAUACCUUUCAUCCUCUUUAAAGCUUUGAUCACAAUUCAAGACAGAAAUGUGAAAUGAUUCAUUCAAGCUAGCAAGGUAACCGGAUGAGCAGCAUGUUAGGGAAAUGCUAGCAAGCUCACUUUUGGGAUGUUAAUGUUUUAAAAUACUACCCUCAUGAAGCACGAGAACUACUUACAGCGGCAUCCAAUCAACAAAGGAACUCGGUGGCUGUGCACUGCGCCAUGACUGACGUACCUGGUAAUUGUGAGUUGCUGUACAGACGGUGGAUCUGGCACCUAGAAUAUGCAGGCAGGCCUGAAGUGUAAAGGAGAAGGAGAUAAUGACACAGAAAGGAGAAAAAGACUUAGAAGAGGAGUUAGUAGAUUAAAGCCGGAUGGAGAUGUGUCCUGCAGUGUCGAACGUAUGCACCAGUCAUCGACUGCAUCACAUACUAGCAGAUACAAGCCAGAAGGAAAUACAGCUUCACUGAUAGAUGGGUGCACACAAUGCAGCAUCAAUGUCACCUUUUCUUUCAAUCCAGAUCGCCUCAAGCAAGCCAGACAGUAUGUGGAGAGAGCCAUCAAGCAAAGGAAGAUCUUCAUGGUCCAUGGUCCGUACCCCAUCAUCCGAAGACAACUUCUUGUCAGAGGCUGGGUGGAGAGGAAGUUCCCAAAGAUGCCGAAAGCCGUCACUAAGCGGGACCGUUUCCCUGACGGCGAAGCUGAUGAAGAUGGUGAUGACAGUGAUGUAACUGAUGAUUAUGAGGAAGAUGAAGAUGAGCAGGAUGAUACUGAUGGUAUCUAUAACCUCAUGUCAAGGUUGGUUCGUAACCAGAUCCCCUACUUCAUCUGGACCAAUCGGCGAGAUGUGAUUGAUUGUCGCAGCCUGCGCAAGGACCAGAUGAUGAAUCACUAUGCCAAGGCAGGGACCUUCACUACUAAGGUAGGGUUGUGUCUUAACUUGCGUAACCUGCCAUGGUUUGACCAGGCUGAUGCAGAUACAUUUUUCCCACGGUGUUAUCGUCUUGGAGCUAAAGAUGAAAAGCAUGCUUUUAUUGAGGACUUCCAUCUCACUGCAGCCAGGAGCCUUCUCAAAAUAGUGGUGAAACGAUACUGGAAGAAGCCGACUUUCCUGACAGCGUUGGAGGAAAAUCAGAAUGAAUUCCUAAGUGGUCCAGGAUCUCCAGAAGCCAAGCAUCGUACCCGCCACAAGAAAGGGGCCAAUUUCUCAGCCCAGCUGAUUGAGACGGCAAUACAUGCUUGUGAGGAGCAUUUGAGCAGCCUGAAACAUCAGGACAUCGACAGAGAUUCUGGGUCUGCCUUGCAACUGUCGAAAGGACACUGGCAGGACUUCCUGCACAGCUACUAUCAGAUAGCCCAUAUUUGUCGUUGCAGCGAAGGGGCCCAGAUGACGCAGACAGAGAGCCUCAUUGAGCGCUGUGAGGAUAUCUUGCAACGGCUGCAAAAAGUCGUCCCCCAGUUGGACAUGGAAGGGGACAGGAACAUCUGGAUUGUCAAACCAGGAGCCAAGUCUCGUGGCAGAGGCAUCAUGUGCAUGGACCGCUUAGAGGAAAUUGUGAAACUAGUGGACUGCGACCCCAUGAUUGUCAAGGAUGGAAAAUGGGUGGUACAGAAAUAUAUCGAGACGCCCCUGCUCAUCUUUGGCACCAAGUUUGACUUGCGGCAAUGGUUUCUGGUGACUGAUUGGAAUCCCCUCACCAUCUGGUUCUAUCGGCAUAGCUACAUCCGUUUCUCUACACAGCCUUUUUCCUUACACAAUCUGGAUACUUCCAUCCACCUGUGCAAUAACUCCAUCCAGAAACAUUAUGAGAAUUCCCUGAACCGCCAUUCUGAGCUUCCCUCAGACAAUAUGUGGUCCUCUGAUCAAUUCCAGAUCCACCUGAGGAAAAUGGGGGCACCAGAGGCCUGGUCCAAGGUGAUUGUGCCUGGCAUGAAGGCGGCCAUCAUUCAUGCCAUACAGACCUCUCAGGACCUCGUGGAGUUCCGCAAAAACAGCUUUGAGCUUUAUGGGGCAGACUUUCUCUUUGGAGAAAACUACCAGCCGUGGCUGAUUGAGAUCAAUGCCAGCCCCACCAUGGCAGCUUCUACGUCUGUCACCACCCGGCUGUGUGCCAGUGUGCAGGACGAUACCUUACGGGUGGUCAUUGACCGCAAGUACGAUCGCAAUUGCAACACAGGAAACUUUGAGCUCAUCUAUAAACAGGCUGCUGUGGAGAUUCCCCAGUACAUUGGCAUUAGCCUUUUGGUAGAAGGAUGCACGGUGAAGAAGCCUCAACCUCCACCCCAAAGAAGCCCCCCUCCAGCCAUUGACACAAAGAAUGGCUGCAUUGCUCCGCAGCAGCAAAAAGUUCCUAAACCGAUUCACCGGCGCAAUAACCAAAGUCUUCCUCGGGCACCUACCCCAUGCUGGACAGCAGCAAAUAACAAGACCGCAGAGCCAGGAGCUCCUGGAAAGGAGAACAAAGUCAAAGAGAAACCCACCCCUAGCAAAGUCGCUCCUUCAAGCUCGGUGAGGUUUAAGCUGCCCAACAAGCUCAAAGCAGACCCCCGUAACCGAAGAGUGCUGAUGGCACACAGUAUGGCUACGACGAUUGUCAUGACAGGAGAUAAAGUGUCACAGCCAGCUCAGCUCUGUGCCAAAUCGAGCUCUCAAGAAUUGACUGCUAACCCCCAGGAGCCUACUGUCAAUCAUGCCAAUGUCACCAGUAUGGUAGGUAGGAAGCCGGGCCUGAGGCUACAUCUGCAGGAAAUCCAUACUGUCUCUGGCCUGGCUGUUUCCUGCAGACUCCCUUGCCUCUUCUGCAGAGAUGGAAAGGCUGUGGCAAGUUUGCAAAGGCUGUGUUGCUGUUCCAGAGCUGGGCCUUUACUUCCUGCAGCUCCCAAAUUCUUCUACCGCAAAGCAGUCACCACUUGCCCGGCUCAGGAUCAGCAGCAGCUGCCACCUCUUGUUCCGGCUUUUGACAACCAGAUGUCUGUCUUGCCUCCUGUGGGGGGGAAAGAUUCUGAAUCCGCAUUGACUAAUUCUACCCGAGCGGCUGACUCUGUGUCUUCAUUCUGAUAAAACAGGGAGGAAUUGCUCCGUGUGAGUUGCUCUUAGGAAUUCACCUUGCUUGGCCGAGCCAAUUUUUUUAAAAAUUUUGUUUUUAGUGAUUAAAGUUUUUUUCGAGUUGGUGCUGGGAAUCUGAAAAAAUAAGUGUCAUUCAGAAAGGGGAAUUUGAUUCCUGCUGUGGCUCUCUUCGGGAGCUUUUUUUUCCUGUGAUUGGAGGAUGUUCUGAAGUUCUCGCUCACUUGUCCUGGAAAAUAAAGAGGGUUUUUUGGUGACCCCCUUCCUCUUUGACACAAAAGAAGGGAAAUGACUGGAAACCGUGGGAAAUUAUUAUGGGGAAUAAUAAGACUGAAUUCGUCAAAAGCAAAGAGACAUCUGGGCCAUUGAAGCAAAGAAGAGGGGAAAACAGCAUUCGAGAUUCAGCUACAGGCUGUGCUUGCAACAGAGGAACCAACUCAGAAAAUAAUACUUCAUUCUUCUAGAAAACAGUUUCUAACAUUAUUUUAAUGAAUAGUUUAUGCAGUUUUAUAGCAGUGGUGGUGGGUUUGGUGCUUCUAAGUGCUGUAUUGGGAGGAGAAAAUUAUUUUGAACAUCCUGCUCCAACAGUGUGCAUAUUUCACAAUAACUCUUUGGUGCCACCCAACUUAUGUGCCAACAUAAUCACUGCCCAUAUGCGCCUAUGUAUCUGUGUGCAGGGCAGCCAACUCAACCCUCCAUCUUGCCAAAAUACAUCUUUCUAAAUGUUUUUUUCCAUGGCCCUGCUUUUCCUCACCCUCCUUCUGCACAAGCCUGUGUUUUCCUGCUCUACUCAAUAUUCACCUUCUAUCUUACUUCCUUCAAAUCCACUACACACAAACAUAGCUCAGCCAUUUGGCUCCUCUAUAACAAUCUGAUAUUCCCUAAGAAAAUGGGCAUCUGCAGGGAAGGCCAGUGAAGAGUGGGAAACAAUUGGAAACCCAUGUUGGCUGUGGAAUUCUGGGAGUUGAAGCCCACAGAUCUUUAAGCCAGCAAGGCUGAGGAACACUGCUUUAGAGGGAUGACAUCGGCAAUAUAUGUCCUGGAAAAUCAUCUACGGGACUUAAAAGGUGGAAGGAUGGCUUUCCAUCUCCAAUGGUCCCUGUGCCUGCCUUAACUCUGUUCAAAAGUACAACCUGCUUCAAUUUGGUUACUUCUGAUAGGCAAGGUUGUGAGAGGCUUCUGUGGUGAUGCCGAAAAGAUGAUAGGGAGUAUGUGGAGGCAUGCCCGCAGCACUUCUCUGGGAUUCAGGGAAGUAGCCAUGCCCGUUUCCAGAAUACUGGGGAAAGACGUGGCUGCUUUAAUGAGUUGUAGCCAAAUGCAGUGGAUGAAAUUUGUAACAUUGUACAACCUAUUGAUCCUGAUAGGACAUGCCAUUUGGCCACAGCAGCACAUUACCUUGAAUUCUGUUUUGGGGUAUUAUAAUCUAGGAUGGGAAAGUUUGGAAUUGUCUUGGAUUGCUUCAGCUUGUCACUCAGGUGACAAUGCAAGCAAUUGGAGUGUUCUUAAAUGUUUAGCUGCAGAAAGACGUUGAGGCAUGAGAUGACUCAUAGAUCUGGGGUAUGCUAAAAAUGUUUCAGUACUCACUUUAUUAUAAAUAAGCACACUUUUUACUAGGUGCCCCAUAGUUUCAGUUCAGGAUAUGCUCCCACAAAUGGAAAUGCUCCAUGAAAGAGAAAAAAACUGGUCCACCAAAAAUAACUGGACUAUGAAUACCAACUUUUCAUUGUUCAUACUGACUGGGAAUGAGAUCAGAGUACAACAGCACCUGACAGCCCCCACUUUCUUCACUUCUGUUCUUCCUGCUGCCUUCCAUAUUUUGAGGCACAAUCUAGGUUAAUUCUUAUCUAGAAAGCUCUAAAUCAAUAAUGAAACUCCAUGCUGUCCAUGAAACUGUACGUUCCUGUGCCACAGCAUAUUCUUUUCCUUGAUGUUUCCUCCAUCUACAUGUAUUUCUCCUUCAAAAUUAUUCCAACAUUACUAGAACUUUCUAAAAUGGUUCUUCCCAACCUCACUUUGCAUUUUGUAAAUUACUUCAGAGCUUUCUCAGCUUCUUCAGAGAUCAAUGCCCUUAACAGCAAUUCAAACUCAUUACUUUGGGGACUUUUUCCUGUUUCUAUAGUUGCUUUGUUUUCAUAUUAUUGUAUUUAGUCAUUAUCAAAAUUGUAGUAAAUGUGAAAAAUUCUGUUUACACUGGACGUUUGAGCAUAGAAGAAAAAUAAUUGGAAGUUUGCUUUCCUUUUAAGCCACUAGCUAAUUUUUAUUUUUUGGUGGUGGGUGUAUUAUUUGACUGACUAGUUUUGGAGGUCCCAUUUCCUAUUUAGAAUUUGGUUAAUAGGACCUUUUGACCUUUGUCAAAAGGUCCUAUAAUUAAGCAAAGUAUGGUUAAAUUUUAAUGCAAAGCAUGUGAAGAUGGAAUUUUGAGGGUUUUUCCCCUUUGGAUUUUUUUUAAAAAAAUUCAUAACUAGAGCAUAUUCAGCUCCACCUUUUAUUGUUUUUGCAUGGAAAACAUUAUUUGGAGUGGAGGUAGUCAUAACCUACUCUGUCCUCUUGGACUAGGGCUGUAACUGUAUUUGUAUUGGGUCUUCCAAGGCCUUUCUCAGAGAUUAAAUUCAUCUCUUGAGUGAAGGAAACCAAUUGAUCAUAAUGGAGUACACAUUUUAUUUUCAAAAAGUUCCAGAACCCAUUCAGUCUAUAAAAUGUCCUUAGAUGGCACUUGUAUAGUCUUCUGCUUGUGAUCUUGGUGAGAUAUUAACAGCCACAAUGUUUAAUCAUGGCUUUGGUGAUUCCUAAACUUAGGUUUCCAAGCACUGUAGGACUGAAUCUCUCAUCAACUUAAGAUCCAGGGUUAGAAAUCACUAGAUCAGAUGGACUAAUUUAUUCUGGCACAAGACUGCUUCUUAAAUAAAUGAGCUUGAAGUUCCCACAUAUUCUAGCAUGCUAUUUCCGUAUAAAUAUAUUUCAAAUAUAUGUAUUUCCUACUAGCCCUGGCACCAUACAUAAAAGGAGCCUGUGUCGUGAAGUGGGUAAUUCCUCUCUCUCCCCCAACUCUGCUAAAUUUCAGUGUUUCAGAUUUCCAUUAAUAUGCAUAAAAUAUUUUUCUUAAAAUGGGAAAGAAUGCAAUAGGAUACCAAAAAUUUUAUAUAUUUAUAAAUUUUAUUACAAUCCAUAAAAGUAUGUAUUUUAGGUAGUCAAGUAUAUCUUCCUUAUUUUACUAUUAACAUAUUUACACUGAGGUCUUGUAACAGCGUGGUUUGUAAAUUCUUUGUACAACAAUAAAUGUUACUUUUAUAA